AGUCCAGUUACAGACGCUGUUAAGACUGAAAAGCUGUCUCCUUUGGGGAGAAGACUACAUGCUAACAUACCCCCCACCCCCCACCCCGGGAGAAAAUCGCCAACACCGGAGGGAGAGAAAGGGACAGAGGAAACCAAAACAGUCUCCCUUGAUUUCGCACAGUCUGAACAUGACUUCAGAAGCCUCGGGAAGCAGCCCUGUUGUUUGUUUUUUAACCUGAGUAAAAGUGAAGGGUGCCAGUUGCAUAGACCAGAAUAGAAAUGUGUUGCUCUGCAGAAACACCCCCAUAAAUAAUUUCCCGAGGCAACUAGGUGAAGGGGAGUCCGGUUCUCUAUUAAUGACCCUUUCGAUUCCUUUUGCUAUACGUUUCUGUCUCUUCCUUGAUGAUCCCUGAAUUCUUGAACUAUCCCCCAGACUUUGUGUUUACAAAGUACCUGGAGGCUCUUGUCAGCCUGGUUGGGGAAAAGAGAUCUACAACUCUCUCCUAACUUCUCCUGAGCUGUCAAAUGCAAUUAGAGUAAGUUGAUCAGGGUUUGUUUCCAACUUCCCCUCUCCAAUUGGUUUCUAAUCUUUCUCCCCACCCUCCUGCUACUCGCGCCCCUCCCCCACGCCUUCUCCGCUGUCUCCCCACCCUCUGAAGACCUCUAUUCAUGUGGCCCUGAACACUGAAACCAGCUUUGCCAGCAAUACUCAGCGCCAGCCUCCUGCACCUCACCACCCCCGAGGCAGUAAUCAUUGUGUCCAACAAGAUGGGGGACACAGCGCCCCCGCAGGCCCCGGCAGGAGGUUUAGGGGGGGCUCCUGGGGCGGGGCUCCUUGGAGGGGGCUCAGUCACCCCUAGAGUGCACAGUGCUAUCGUGGAACGCCUGCGGGCUCGCAUUGCUGUCUGCAGACAACAUCACCUGAACUGUGAAGGACGCUAUGAACGUGGUAGAGCUGAGAGCUCAGACCGAGAAAGGGAAAGCACUAUGCAGCUUCUCAGCCUGGUCCAGCAUGGCCAGGGGGCAAGGAAGGCUAGCAAACACGCUAAGGCUGCAGCCACGACUGCCAUCACCACAGUCCCUCCACCGCCCCCUGCUGCUCCUUCUGUGGCCUCCCAGGCGGCUGCCACAGCCCCGCCACCUCCACCAGACUACCACCAUCACCAUCAGCAACACAGACUGACCAGUAAUGAUAAUGGUGGGAUAAACCGAGAGCAGCAGCCAACAGCUUCUACCCCUGGGGACCAGCGGAACUCUGCCCUGCUUGCGCUCCAGGGAUCCUUGAAAAGAAAACAAAUAAUCAACCUUCCUCCUGCCAAUAGCAAGAGACCCAAUGGCUUUGUUGACAGCUCAUUCCUUGACAUCAAAAGGAUCAGAGUUGGGGAGAACCUUUCCACAGGUCAGGGGACCCUCCCAGUAAAUAAUGGACAAAGCCACAUGAUGCCGGGGGCCUUGACCAUGAGCCAAGCACCCCUGAGAAAGACUAAUGCUCUUCCCCCUGCUGCACAGUCUCCUGGCAACACUAUGUUUAACAUGGGCUUAAAGGAAGUAAAGAAAGAGCCUGGGGAGACCUUGUCUUGCAGUAAGCACAUGGAUGACCAAAUGACACAGGAGAGCACUUUUCCUAAUAGGUUUGGAGAUGACCCUGGAGAGCAGCUGAUGGACCCUGAGCUGCAGGAACUGUUCAAUGAGCUGACCAACAUAUCAGUGCCUCCCAUGAGUGACCUGGAGCUGGAGAACAUGAUCAAUGCCACCAUUAAGCAGGAUGACCCAUUCGGCAUUGACUUGGGUCAGCAAAGCCAGCAGAGUACACCUAGACCUCCCCUACCCGUGGAGAAGAUCAUUAUCAAAAGUGAAUACUCACCUGGUUUGACACAGGGCGCUUCAGGCUCUCCCCAACUAAGGCCCCCGUCAGCAGGCCCUGCAUUCUCCUUGGCCAACUCUGCUCUCCCCACUUCAUCCCCAAUCCCCACAGUCCCCCAGAGUCAGCCUCAGCCUCAGACAGCAUCAGGAGCAAACAGGGCCCUGCCAAGCUGGCAAGAGGUGUCCCAUGCUCAACAGCUCAAGCAGAUAGCUGCAAACCGCCAGCAGCAUGCACGGAUGCAGCAACAGCAGCAGCAGCAACAGCAGCAGCAGCCUGCUCCCAACUGGCCAGCCUUGCCGUCCUCUGCUGGGCCUUCCCCAGGGGCAUUUGUGCAGGAAAAAAUCCCCAGUCCUUCCUUUGGACAGCAGCCAUUCAGCCCCCAGGGAUCACCCAUGCCUGGGGUAGCCGGCAGCAGCAACCAGUCCAAAGCAGUGGUCAACUAUACAUACAAGGCUAGCCCCUCAGCCCAGGCUGGACACCUGGAUGUGCUUCUGCAGCAAAAGCCUCAGGAUCUCAGUCGAAGUUUUAUUAACAACCCACACCCAACCUUGGAGCCCCGGCAUGGCAACACCAAGCCUUUGUUCCAUUUUAACUCAGACCAAGCAAACCAGCAGAUGCCUUCUCUUUUGCCUUCCCAGAGCAAGCCUUCUCUCCUACACUACACCCAGCAGCAGCAGCAGCAGCAAGGCUCAUUGGCAGCGCAGCAGCAGCAGCAGCAGCAGCAACAACAGCAGCAGCAGCCACAGCCACCGAGCUCAUUGGUAGCUCAGCAACAGCAGCAACACCAACAGCAAGGCUCAGUGGCAGCUCAGCAGCAGCAGCCGCAACAGCAACCACCAGCAGCCCAACCCACCCAACCUUUAUCAAGCCAGCCUUUGCUAAGGUCACCCCUGCCACUUCAGCAGAAAAUGAUGCUUCAGAAAAUGCAGAAUCAGUCCAUUGCAGGCCUGGGAUAUCAAGUCACUCAACAGCACAGACAGGAUCAACACACUGUGGUAGGCCAGAACACAGGCCCCAGUCCAAGUCCCAACUCCUGCUCAAACCCAAACACUGCAAGUGGUUACAUGAACUCCCAGCAGUCUCUGUUGAGUCAGCAAAUGAUGGGGAAGAAACAGACCUUGCAGAGGCCAGCCAUGGAGCCAAAGCAGCAGCUUCUCCUCCAGCAGCAGAUGCUGGCUGACUCGGAGAAAAGCUCCCCCCAGGAUCAGAUGAACCGCCAUCUGACAAGGCCACCCCCGGACUACAAAGACCAAAGAAGAAAUUCGGGCAGCCUGCAGCCAGCUGCUCAGUACUCUGGUGGCUCCUCUACCGUGAAUUUAAACUCUAACCAAGCUUUGACAAAUCCAGUUUCAACACACACCAUUUUAACUCCGAACUCUAGCCUCAUGUCUACGUCUCAUGGGAUGAGAAUGCCACUGUUAUCCACAGCGGUGCAGAACAUGGGGAUGUAUGGGAACCUGUCUUGUAACCAGCCUGGCACCUACAAUGUCACUUCAGCAAUGAAUCAGCUGACCCAACAGAGGAAUACAACCCAGCUGAUAACAAAUCAGAACAACCCUCUGAUGCCACGGCCAUCUCCCUUGGGGGCAAAUAACGGCAACAACGUGGCCACCUUUGGAGCUGGGUCUGUUGGCAGUUCACAACAACUAAGACCAAAUUUGGCCCACAGUUUGGCAGGCAUGCCAGCCCAGAGGUCAUCAACUGUCAUGAUCACAUCCAACACGACAGCAACAAACUGGGCUUCUCAAGACGUAACGGCGAAGCAACAGGAAGCCCUCAAAUCCACAGGUGUGCGCUUCCCAACAGGUACACCUGCAGCCUAUACCCCAAACCAGUCAUUACAGCCAGGAGUUGGGAGCCAGCCAUUUUCCCAGAGGGCAGUGGCGCCCCCUAACCAGUUAACGCCAACAGUGCAAAUGAGACCUAUGAGCCAAAUGAAUCAGACAUUAAAUGGGCAAACGCUAGGUCCACUCAGGGGUUUGAACCUCAGACCUAACCAGCUGAGCUCACAGAGUCUAUCUAAUUUGAAUCCAUCAGGAACAGGAUUGAAUCAGCCGCGGACAGGCACCAACCAGCCACCAUCCCUGACGCCCAACACUUUUCCUUCAUCCAACCAAAGUUCCAGGGCUUUUCAAGGAACUGACCACGGCAGCGAUUUAGCUUUUGACUUCCUCAGCCAACAGACUGACAGCAUGGGCCCUGCCCUAAACAGUGAUGCUGAUUUCAUUGAUUCUUUAUUGAAGACAGAGCCUGGCAAUGACGAUUGGAUGAAAGACAUCAACCUUGAUGAAAUCCUGGGAAGCAAUUCCUAAGGAGAAUAGGAAGGCGCUUUGCAGGCUUCGAGCAGUAUUUUCCAAGGACCCUGGAAUGCUAAACUGCUGACAUCCGGUGGACUAGAGACAUCAAAACAGAAAGCUGCCAAUAACCACAGUGAUAAACAUUCUGGUUCAUGUGCUUGUUUUAAAAAUCUCGAGCCUGAUAUUAAAACGUCAGGAUCGCUUUUCCCUGCCUGAACAUCAGGACAUGUUAUCCGGUUUAUCCAAACACAACUGUGAUGUUGAUGUGUAAUUAGUUAUGUAAAAAUGGUCUUCCCAAGUUCCUUUUCUCGGAGAAGGAAAUAUAACGGAACUUGAGACUUUUUUCGGUCCCAUAUCAUAGACAGGCAGAGACUGGCAUCUGCUCUAGUAGAUAAGUAUGCUUUGAUUUCUCCAUUUACUUUUCCUAAAACUUGCAGGAAAGAUUGAAAUGCUAUAUGGUUGUUUGGAGUAAAUAAGAGAGAACCAGAGAACCUAGAAGUCAUCCGUCAGAUUACAUGACUUCUUUCUUAGAUGCACUCCUCAUUUUUGUAAUUUUCCCAUGUGUUUUGUAUUUUGGUGGGAUGCUGUGUCUUGUGAUAAAACAGGAAUGCAGGGCUUACAGCUUGAAUGGGGCUUCCCUACCAAUUUUUUAUAGAUAACCAAGACUUGUCAUGAUUAUACUAAGGUAUCAAUGCACAACUGCUUGCAUAAAAUUUCACUUAAAAAAAACUGAACUUUGCCAUGUAGAAGACAAACAUGGCCACAAGUAACCCAAGGUGUUUCCAGCUGUGACUGAUGCCACUGGUUUGUUCCCAAGCAGAAUGCAAUUGAGCCUUGUCCUCCUAUUUUUUCGUAGCCUUGAGACUUGUUUGUAGAAAAUGAAAGCUUGGGUUGGAGUGAGAUUAGAGAGUAUUCUGUUUUGACUGGAGAUAAGAAACAGGAGAAGGGUAACGGAGAGACAACAGGGACUUCCUUGGACACAGUACUUGGACGUGGGUGAACAGCUGAGCCCAGUUAGUCUGCAUGUAGCCACCACUCCCACUAUUCACCAUACAGUAAACCCUUGGCCUGUGGUGCCUGAGCCUUUCUUAUCCAGGUUUCCCCUCAGGGCUGAGUGUGCAGCAAAGUGUGGAUUUGUGUUGGGCCACUGAACCUCAGUGCUCACGUCUAAGUACACAACAGAGUGGAGAUGUAUAGGUCUGAGUUGGUUCUAAAACACCACUACCACUUUCCUAAAUCCAGAGAACCAAAGGCUACUCUCAACCUUUGAGUUACACAUUCACAUACUUCACUAUCAGGUGUGAUUGAACUCAAGUCACGGAAGCACCAAACCUUCACAGAUCUGUUCAGAAAAGGAACAAGUCUUUAAAGCUCUGUAAAGCCCUCUUCUGGUCUUUACAACACCUUUGGGCUCUCUCCUUCUUCUCCACCGCACCAAUAUCGCUGGCCCAGAAACUUUCCUGCGCUGAUUUGUAAAUAUUAAUAAAUUACUUGUUUUGUAAACUUUUGUAAAGAAUAUUUUGGUAGAAAUACUUAAAACAUAUUCUUUGGAUUAUAUUUAUACAUAUGUGAAAUAAAUAUACUAUCGAAAGGUUAUAUUUUAUACAAAAAGUAAAUUGUUACCUUUUGUAUGCUAAUAUACAAAGUUUUGUAUAAUAUGAUGGUUUAUUUUUAGCUCUACACUUAAACCAUAGGUGAUGGAGUGGAAACUUUUAGAAACUACCAAGAAGCUUGUUAGAUGAAUUUAUAUUCUGAACCUCCAUACGAAAGCAUUCCAGGUUUCCAGCCCUCCCUGUUGUUGGUGUGUUUUCCAGCUCUAAAUUCUUUAUUAAGCCCAUAGUUCUCAUGUCUUAUUUGAUUAUUCUGCUGUGCAUAUUGUAUCAGUCCCUGUAGUAGGUGUUCUACUGAGUGUUUUCCCAUUAUACAAAACAAUGUUUUUCCAUGCAGAAAGAGAGGAAAAGCAAUGUGUAUAUAAACACAUUGGUUUUGUGGCUCCUUCAGAUUACUGUACAUAGCUGCAGGAUUUCUCAGUUGCAGCACCCCUAAUUCAGUUUGUUUUCACCCUAACACAAACAGUACAUUUUGUAGCAACUGUUCAAACAGAAUGGCUGGUUUUUCUUCUAUCUUAAUGUGAAUUUCAUAAUUAAUGCCUAUUUAUUCAGCUAUUCAUUAAGAUACAGGAUUCUUUGGGGAGGAUGGUAUAAUCUAUAGUUUCUGUUUGUUGGCAGCCUAUUACCAAAGAUGACGUAAUUUUCCUGAAAGCUGAGAUAAUGACAAUUUGAUAGACAAACAUAGUAAGAGCUUCAGGAUUUACAGCGUAAGAGCUAUUGGGAUACAAGAACCCAUUUAUAGAAAGACCAGACUACUUAAUCACUGACAUUGCUUAUCAUUCUGGCAUAUAACAGAGAAGGUAGGAGUCAUUUCUCUUUCUGUUUUAAAUUCAGAGACAAGAAAGUAAUGUAGGCAGAUAAUUCCUUCUUGGCUUUGUGUUCAGUCCAAUGAAGCGAGUCACUAAGUGAAGUGCUGGUGUUACCUGCAUUGCUGUCCUGAAUACACGAAUGUAAAGAUUUCAAUUUGUAAUACAAGUAUUUUGUGUUGUGUGUAAUUCCAUGUGUAAAAAAAAUAGUUGAAAAAUUCA